CUGUACCAAUGGAGAGGAUCGGGGUGGGCGUGGGCAAACGAAUCGUUCCUUCCCGAAGCCAGGGCAACGCCGCGUCAACAAAGAGGCCUCUCGAAAAGAUCACGAUCCAGUAGAAAGUGGUGUGGCUAGUAGUGGAUGGAGGGGGAGAGUGAAGGCGUUGAUUGAUUUCGCUGCUGAGCCAAAACAGCGUGUCGUGUGGUGGGAAGAGAGAGGGAGGAAGGGGCAUCUGUAGAGUUUCCAGAUGAAAGCAGGGGCUGACCUUUCAUGAGAAGAGGGGACCUAAGAUAUUGGCACAUUUUCUAGAGUAGCAGAUUAUCACACAGAAUCAGCCAUGCCGGAAGGAAAAUCAGAUAUGGAGAGGAUUGGCCUCUUCAGUGAAAUGGAAUAUAUUAGCAUCGGGGAUAAAUAUGUGUCACCAUUCAAUCGCCCUUUCAAUGAAGCUGCAAGCAAGAAUAAGCAAAUGUUGCCAGGAGGUAGCAAAGAAAGGUCUGCUACCCAGGCAGGUUACUUUGAACCUGUAUAUUCAAGGGUUUUUGAAGGUGAAAGUUAUUCCAAUCCUGUUCAGCUACGAAGAAGGUAUCGAUUGGCACAGACAAAGAAAAACUUGAGCACUAGAGCCUUCCUUCCCAGUAAUGGAGAUAAAUUUCCUUGCGGUAUAGGAACUUAUUAUGGAACAAUCGGUGGUCCAUGUCCCUACUUCAGUGCACAAAUGAAAGAUAAAUUAGCAUAUGUUCAACCUGGGAAGAAUCUGUACACCAAUCCAGGGAAGAAAGGAACUGGCUAUGGAUAUCCAAAUCUCACCAUCGGUAAACCAUUUGCACAUUCGAUUGAAUUAUAUGACGUAGGAAGAAUAAACUUUAAGAAAACCUCUGAUGAACACCACCGUCUGAUGAAAGGUGGCCCUUUCAAAUUGAAUCUUUAUCCCCGGGAGUAUUUUGAUAUGAAUCCUUACCACGAUGACCAGCCUUUGCCACCAGCAAAGAAAACACCUCCAGAAAUACCAGUUCGCAACCCCUUUAAACCAACUUCACCUGGCAAAAAGCCAGGGGGCAUGAAAGCAGGCACGUUUGAUCCUUUCCCACUUCAUACAGCAGACCCCUACAACGUUAAAUUGCCUAAGCCUAUCACAACCAAUAAGCAAGGACGAAUAUUUAAUCCUCCCUCUGGAACAAAGAGCAGACCAAUAAGAAGCAUUAUGGCUUCAAAUGUUGAAAAAUCAAUAAAUGUAACGAACUACACAAAUCCCCAAGUGAUGUCAUAUUAGCUGCAUGAAAGCUAAGCAAAUGAUCUCUAGACACUACAAACAAUAGCAUUUGAACAGUUCAAGGGCACCUGAAUAAAUAAAUUUUUUGUGACUGAGGGAGGUGUGUCAAUUAUGGCAACCCCUUGUAACAACUGUAUCCUGCUUAUUAAUAUAUUUUAUAAAUAUGCAAACAAAUGGAUAAUAUAUUUACAAAUAAUGUUUAUAAAACGUGAACUAUAUUUUGAUAUACAUUUUAUUUAGGAUGUAUAUAUUAGGUGUGUAUUUGAAUAAAUUAUACUGUAUAGCAUUGGCAAAAAUAAACAUGUGCCCUUUGUGUGAUGAA